GCCAUAAAUAGAGAGAGAUGUAUGUGUGCGUAUGCGUAUGCGUAUGCAUAUGCAUAUGAACAGAGUUUUACAAUCAAAGGCUUCAUCUCUGAGAUUCAUCAUGAGUUUUGACAGACCCAGAACGGUGGUCAAGCAGAUUUUGGCCAAACCUCAACACGAAGGCAAAGGUGCCGUCGUACGCCGAGCCAUCGGAAGGGGAGACUUGAGGACAUUGGACCCAUUUAUUAUGUUGGAUGAAUUUUCAGUGUCACCUCCGGCUGGAUUUCCAGAUCAUCCGCAUCGAGGUUUCGAGACUGUUACAUACGUGUUACAGGGAGCCAUUGAGCACCAAGACUUUUCAGGGCAUAAGGGGACAAUUCAUGCUGGUGAUGUACAGUGGAUGACAGCUGGGAGAGGAAUAAUCCACUCCGAAAUGGCCGGAGGAGAUGAACUCUGCAAGGGAUUGCAGCUGUGGAUCAAUCUAUCUUCUCAAGACAAAAUGAUGGAACCAAAAUACCAAGAAAUGCCAAGUUCAGAAAUAAGAUAUGGAGAGAAAGAGGGGGUGACAGUCCGAGUAAUAGCAGGAGAAUCAAUGGGGAUUAAAUCGCCAGUUUACACCAGAACACCAACAAUCUUUUUAGAUUUCAAUCUUCAAAGUGGAACCCAGUAUGAACAAAGCAUACCAGAAACAUGGAAUGCAUUCAUAUACGUCAUACAAGGAGAGGGCAUGUUUGGUUCUCGCAAAUCAUCUGCAAAUCACGUUUUGGUUCUCAGUUCAGGAGACGGUUUAGUAGUGAAGAACACAUCUCCAAACCCAUUAAGAUUCAUUCUGGUUGGUGGUCAGCCUUUAAAUGAGCCAGUGGUUCAACAUGGUCCGUUUGUUAUGAACACACAAGCUGAGAUUGAUCAAGCCAUUGAUGAUUAUUAUCAAUGUAAAAAUGGGUUUGAAUUGGCUAAGACAUGGAAAUCUCAGUGACUUCCAAACAUGUCCUUAAUUUUACUAUGAAACCUAAAAAACUAUUCCAUAGCUUGCAACAAUGGAGGAUGAGAAGGAAAGGAGAUGGUGGAGAAGACAAAAGAAAUUUACUUUGGAUCAGUUUAUUAA